AUGGGACCAUUUCGUGGUUUCCUAUCGGCUACUUUUCUUUUUUUGCUCUUUGCCCGAGCCCAUGGUCAGCGUUGUCAACGAGUCGAUCACGAGAUGUGCGCAGAGUUGCCGUAUAAUUUGACAAGUUUUCCAAAUCUGGUCGGCGAGGAGUCCUUCAAAGAUGCAUCCGAAUCCAUUCUCACCUACAAACCAUUGCUCUCCGUGGUGUGCUCCGAGCAGCUCAAAUUCUUCUUAUGCUCAGUUUAUUUUCCAAUGUGUAAUGAGAAACUAGCCCAUCCGAUCGGACCAUGCCGCCCACUCUGUCUGUCGGUCCAAGAAAAAUGUCUGCCGGUGCUCGAGUCCUUUGGAUUCUCAUGGCCAGAAGUUAUCAGAUGUGACAAAUUUCCUCUGGAGAAUAAUCGGGAGAAAAUGUGCAUGAAGGGACCAAACGAGCAAGGUGCCAUACAGGAUGAAAGAGCAAAGGCUUUGGAAAGGGAGUCUGAUGAAGAAGAUAAGCAGCGGGCGGCCGAUCGUCUAAACGGCAAAUGUCCUCAGGAUGAGGUGUUCUUGAAUCGAUCCGCAAAAUGUGUUCCGCUGUGUUCGAAUUUGCAAAAAGUUGGACAGACCGACCGUGACUCUGCAACUCGUCUUCUCCUCUUCCUCUCGCUCAGCUCUGUGAUCCUCACGAUUCUCUCAGUGUUCAUUGUUGGAUUAUCAAGAUUCGAAUUGUUGAGUUCGCUUCCCGAAACGGCAAUGUUCUUCUCGUGCAUCGCGUUUGGUGUCACCUCGACAAUUUAUGUGAUUAGCGUUUCUUUCAAGGAUCAGUUCCAAAUCUCUUGCACCGACUACACUCAACACCUUCUAUUCGUUGUCGGCGGACUAUCUCAUGUUCCUUGUUCUACAGUAGCUACACUCAUUUAUUAUUCUGCCACGUGCUCAAGACUAUGGUGGUUGCUGAUUUGUUUCUCAUGGAAUAAGGCGACACGAACCGCGAAUUUAUUGGAUGACUCCCGUACCCGAGUAAUCAUGCUGAUCCUUGGAAUCCCAUUGGCUCCACUAAUGCUUGCUCUUCUUGCCAAAGCCGUCGCCGCCAACCCUCUCACCGGACUUUGUUUCAUCGGUGCCGCCAGUUCGGGCACCGAUUGGAUAUUCAAUUUCUGUCGGGAACUCAUUCUUUUCCUCAUCAGCUCGUUGGCUCUCUCCUCCGCCUGCUGUAGACUUUUGGGGUCUGAUGAUCAAGAAGUGAAUGGAUUCGCUGGAGUGAUAGCUGCCAUUUAUCCAAUUGGAGCAUUGAUUUAUAUGCUAUGCUUUAUUAACGACGCCACACAACCGAAUUUGGCAUUGGAUCGAAGUUUCAAUGCGGUGUCGGCGACGAAAUUCUCGUUUGAUCUACUUUUGAGCUUCAUCAUGUGCACGUUCUGCUUGAUUUAUUUGUUCUUUAGAAUUGUUCGAUCUUCAUCAAAAGUCAGCAAAGAAGGGUACCAACCAGCGAUCCCAAAACUUCCACAACCAGCAAUUCCCGGAAGUGUUCGAUCAAAUACAUAUGCUUCAACCUUCCGGACCAAUAACAUGAUUUAA